AUGGCAUUUUUAAUUGAAUCCUCCACCAACGAGUUCUCUCUAAAUAUGGGCAAACCACAAGGAAUUUACAUAGUUGAAAAUCAUUUCUUCUCAACAUCCCUUGUGCCCAGUAAAAUGAGACAAAAAUUAUAUUACCUACAAUCAAAUUUAAAUGCAUGCGUCUUUAACGAAAACGUCAUGACCAUAUUAGAAGGAGAAGUUGAACGAAUGUUCGCAAGUCUUGAUGAACUUGAAAGAGUUAUGCAUAAACUUGAUGGUCAAAUGGCUGAGGUUGAUGAAAUAAAUUGUGGAGAUGAAAUGAUUGAUGAUGAACUUAAAACGAUUUAUCAAAAUGUUGUUCGUUUAAUAAAGGAAAUGGAAGAAAAUAUGGACCUAUUGGAAAAAUUAAUUCAUAAUUGCGCAGAGUAA